AAUAAUUAUAUAUUCGGCUCCGAUGGCGAGCGUAUUAACGUCUACAAUCUCAUUGGUGAAAUCCAGGCUUGCCCCUCCCUACGAAAUAAGCCAAAGCUUUUCUUUAUCCAAGCCUGUCGGGCAACUCACACGGACGUACCCGCUGUCUCGAGCGACGGUCCCAAGACCGUUCCACCAGUCGUCAAUAAAGACGCUGACGUUGCCAUAUUUUGGGCUACAACAAGGUCGCAGUCGGCGUACAGGUCUCCUCGUGACGGUUCAUGGUUCAUAGCCUCAAUACACAAGGUCUUCACUGCAGAAGCACACAGACUGGACCUGGUGAAUAUGAUGUACAAAGUGACUCAUAUUGUCACAGAAAUGGAGGGACGGGAGUCUAGUUCUGGAGAAACAGUCAGGCAGUGUGUGGAGACCAGUUUACAAAUGAGGGGAGCUGUCUACUUUAAUGUAGAAUAGAGGAGAGAGAGGGAGACUUUUUGAUACGUUUUAGUAUCAGUUACUAACGAUUAAUAAUUUGCAAUUGGUUAUCAUUAUUAUACUUAUAUUUGCAAAAUUUUUGAUUGUUUGAGUCUAUUGUGAUUGAAAUUGUAUUUCUUGUGUGUUUUUUUGUGAGCUGAAAAAACCUUGUCGUUGAUUAUCA